AUGUCGGUGAUCCAACUUGAAGAUCUGGUCUUGUACCAGCUGCGCACGAGCUAUCUCAAUGACAUUGCUGAUGGCGUCGGUGAGCGCCUAUUCACCUUGAACGAGGGCUUCUUGAACUCGGCUCCCUUCAAGGCUGCAGGGUGGCGCACAAACCCGGCUCUCAUCAAGCGGACUCACUCGCCUCCAAUCCCCACGGCAGUUGCGUCAGAGUACUUCCAGGCACCCCGCCGUGCUGGUCUAACGCUCGAGGAUGAAGGCGAGGAAGGAGGUCUGUUCUCGGGCAGUGUGCCUGAUGCGGUAGGCCCGAGCAUGGCAACAAAGCGCCGCCGACGCCGGGAACAUAUGGAGGAGGAGGACAGUAGUGACCUCAGCGAUGAAAGCGACGACGAACAAGAUCAGCGCGCUGCUCAACAGAUCAAAUUUGCCAAGAUGCCCGUGAGAAACCGCUCAGGAUCCUCGCCGCUUCAAUCGUCAAACCUCCGCCAAACUACCACCAUGUCUUCACCCCGUCCGGCCGGAAGAAGAGGCUCCCAAUCGGCCCUCGAGACAGUCAAGGAGAGGGCACGGCGUGAUACCGUUACCAGUAGCGAGGUAUCAUCCGAAAAUGAGUUCGACGCCUCCGGUUUUCAUAAGCAUAGGGAGGCUGCGCGAGCUGCCGCCGCCCGUGCUGCGAAGCUCUCCGUCAAGCUCAACACGGAGCCUACCGAAGGUGUGAGACGCCAGGGGAGCGACCUCCUGGAAGACGAAGAGGACGACUCGGACGCGUCAGAUAUGUCGUCGGCUCUCAUCGAAAGCAUCGACUCGGCUUCAAUCAUGGAGGCCGUCAAGAACCCUCUGGAUGCGUCCCUCAGGCAUCAGGUGGUCGGCACUCCUCCUCGGGUCUUUACACGAAGGUCUACCAUACGCAAAUCCGCCAUACCUGCGCCGCUGCACACGCCCAUUGGAGAGCUACCUCCGCCACGACCUAUGAGCACUAUCCGGCCCCUGAGCCUGAUGCAACCAAAGAGUUUGCUGUCUACCGCGCUGAAGGCAAAGAAAACGAAACCGGCCCUCCCUUUCGACACCUUCGCCUCACUGUCAGGCCAGGGCGACCCGAACCCCAUUAUGCUCCGAAUCUAUGCGCCAUUUUCCAAAGCGCCUUCGCGGCCCUUCGAGGUGCUUAUCCGGCGGACUGUCCACCAAGGAGAAGGCGGGGACAGGCCCGUGACGGUGGCCGACCUAAUCGGGUUAAGUCUAUGGCGUUACAAUGAGGAAAAGCGAGAGCCGUCGCUUCCCAGCGACAAGCUCAAUGUGAACUGGUGGACUCUACGCAUGGUUGAGGAAGACGGCGAGAUCGACGACGACUUCCCGCCCCUCGAGCGCAAGAAGGGGCUCAUAUCCUUCACCACCGUCAACAACAAGGCCGGCCGCUCCCGUUCCAACUCUAGACUCUACGACAUCUUCGGCCUGGUACAAGCUUCGCCCGAUGAGUUUGAGGAAAACAAACGCAACACGCCGCAGUUUGAGCAAGAAGCCGUUGACGAGGAAGAGGACAAGGACCUGACACCCCGAAGUACCCCCAGGCCGGACGCUGGCCUGCCGCCACCAUCUCGACCCCGAGAAAACCCGCUCCUGAACACGGCUUACCGCGCCAAUACGACAAUAUUUGCAGAUAUCCCGCAGUCCACCCAACCGGCGAACGUGUCUUCGCGUGGAGAGAAGAGGCUCUUGCGUAUUCACAUUCACUCGUCUGACCUUGCCCCGGGGCAGAUGCUCACGCUCGACGUGAACACCGAUACCUGGCUGGCCGAGGUUCUUGAUAUUGCUUGCAGAAAGCGGCAGCUAGACAAAGCCAACCAUGUAUUGAAGCUCCCGAAUUCCGGGACCGUCGUGUUGCUGGACCGGACGGUUGCCUCACUCGGGAACAUCACCGACUUGGAUCUUUACCGGCGUCGCUUUGCCACUGAUGGGCCUCUGAUGGCGGGGUCGCUAAGCAGCUCUUCACCCAGGCCACAAUUAUUCACCGAAAACGCUAGCUGGACCAAGGGGAAGAAGUCAAAGCUCAUGGGGACACACCCGUUGGCUAAGGAGGUGGCGAAACAGGAGGAGCUUGGAGUCGCCGCCAACUACAAGAAGUACACGGUUUGGCGGAAGCAGCCGAUGCGGCUGUUGUCGGAAAAGCUGUUCGCCAUUGACGGCGAGUAUGUCCAUAUCAUGCCUACGUCCGGCGGCAAGCUAGCCGAUGCGGACGGGAAAUCAACCACGGUUCACUUUAGCAAUGUGGUGGGCUGCAAGGUUUCGCGGAAACACCCGACACAGUUCAAGCUGGUUGUUUACAAGUCGACCGAGAGCAAGAGAUACGACUUUGUCACCAGCAGUACAGAGUACGCCGCCGACAUUGUCACGGAGCUCAAGAAGGGCAUCUCACCGUACCGCGAGGUCUGA